UCUAGAGAGAGAAAGUUUGGUAGUGAGAGAGAGAGAGGGAAAGGGAUGGGUCAGAUCGUGAAGAGGAAGAAGAAAGGGAGGCCAUCGAAGGCAGAUCUGGCACGGCGGUCCUGCGGGGCACUGGCAUCGUCGGAAUCUGAGCCGCGGCGGAGUCUCCGGCGCCGGAAUGUGAGGUACAACAUCGAUUACGACGACUUUCUCCAGGAAGACGAGGAGGAGGAGGAGGAGGAGGAGGACGAGAGGAGGAGGGAGAAGAAGCUCAAGCUGGUGGUGAAGCUGAACCAGGGCAGGGACGGAGGGCAUCCGUCUCCGGUGGCCGGACUGCUCGCUAGGUCAGGGCCGCGUGGAGCUCACGCGCCGGAGUACGCCUCUUCGGCUUCGGAAGGGGAAGAUGAGCCCGAGGGGAAGCCAUUGAAGAAGAGGAGGAUUGGCGGCGCUGAAGUAGACGAUGAAGAUGAUGACUACGACGAUCAAAUUCGCGGAGAUGAAAAUGAAGACGACGACAUUGAUGAGGAAAGGGGGAGGAAGGUGGGCUCAAAAGGGUCCGACUCUGCUCCAGGGACGCCCUCGGAUCGAUCAUCCGGGAUACCAUUACCUGAUAAGAAAACAUUGGAGUUGCUCCUUGACAAACUUCAGAAGAAGGAUACGUAUGGUGUGUAUGCUGAACCAGUUGAACCUGAAGAGCUUCCUGACUAUUUCGAUGUCAUUGACCAUCCUAUGGACUUUGCUACCGUGAGGAAUAAGUUGGCCAGCGGAUCAUAUUCGACUUUGGAACAGUUUGAGAGUGACGUUUUUCUGAUAUGUUCAAAUGCAAUGCAAUACAAUUCACCAGAAACCGUUUACCACAAACAGGCACGUUCCAUUCAAGAGCUAGCCAAGAAGAAAUUCGAGAGGGUGAGAAUGGAAGUUGAACGGUCUGAGAAAGAGUUGAAGUUAGAGCAGAGUACAAAGUCCAAUUCCUUCAUCAAGAAACAACCACCGAAGAAACCUUUUUUCAGGACAUUGCAGGAACCCAUUGGAUCUGAUUUUUCCUCGGGUGCGACCCUUGCUGCCACAGGAGAUAUACUGAACAGUUCCAAUCCAACCCAAGGUGUCAAUUGUGAGGUACCGAGCAAUAUUGAUGGCCAAAUAGAGGGCAGUUUGUCCUUCCUUGAUACUACUAAUCCAGACAAGGCUGAAGAACUCUUUUCAGGGAGGGGUCUUCUAGGUAAAUUGGGGAGGAAGACAUCUGUGCUUGAUGACAACCGUCGUGCAACUUACAACAUAUCUAAUUCACCAGCGCCAAGAUCGGAGUCAAUAUUUACAACCUUUGAGGAUGAAGUAAGACAGCUUGUUGCGGUUGGGCUUCAUGCAGAGUAUUCCUAUGCUAGGAGUCUGGCUCGAUUUGCGGCAACACUUGGUCCUGUAGCCUGGAAAGUUGCUUCCCAGAGGAUUGAGCAGGGCUUACCUGUUGGAUAUAAAUUCGGCCGUGGUUGGGUUGGAGAAUAUGAGCCACUUCCAACUCCAGUAUUAAUGUUUGAGAACCACAACCAGAAGGAACCUGGUUUCUGUAGAAAUUCUACCAGCGAAUUAAGAAAGGAUGGAAAGCCUACGGAUAUUCCUUUGCCAAAGAAGGAACAUUCUCAUAGUGGACCAAUUGCAGAAGUGAAUACUCUUGCUAGAGGGUCCGCCUUAGAUGGGAAACCAUCAUUAUUUAGAUCCACCACUCCAAAUGCCAGUCCUUCUCCGCAGCCAAACCUGCAGUCGAAGAAUUUUACCGAGGGAGAGAAGGUUAAAAAGCAUGUUGAGUUAAAUUCCUUGCCCUCACCAAAACAAAAUAAAGUUGAUCUUGGCGUAGAGAAGCAACUUCCAGCCAAUCCGAAUAUGACUACUUCUAGGUCUAGAGAUAUGGCGUCAGUAAACUUAAAUCUUGUGCAAUCUGCACCUUUUAAACUGCCUGCUGUUAAUGGUGUUGUGACCGGAGGAUUGCCGAAUGGAAAAUUCCCGAGCAAUUGUUUGAAUAAUCCACUGGUUGCCUUAUCAUCCUCUAGUUUGCCUUCUCAAACAGCUCCCAUGGCAACUUCCCACGGACAGGACCUGGGUUCCGGUAAGCCAGUGCAGUUGAUGAGAAUGAUGUCUGAAAGAAUCCCAAAACAAGAGAACUCAUCCAAUCAAUCCUCAUCCGAUUCUCCACCAGCUUUGUCAUCAGUACCUUCUGCAAUGAGAGACGAUUCUAACAAUGCUGCAGCAGUAGCUUCUCGUGCGUGGAUGUCAAUUGGGGCUGGAGGGUUUAAACAAGUCAGAGAGAAUUCCACACCUAAGAGUCAAAUCUCAGCAGAUUCACUGUAUAAUCCAGCUCGUGAGUUUCAUCCACAAAUCAUGCGACCAUGGGGAGAGUUUCGUGCCGGAGGCAAUCAGCUUCAGUCUGAGAAGAGCAAUUUCCCUAUGCAGGCAUUUGUUCCACAAGCCACUCUUGUAGCAAAUGAACAACAGCUGCAAAACCGGUCCAUGAUUUACCCUCAGCUAGUUCAGGCCGACAUGUCUAAGUUCCAGUUGCAAUCAACUUGGCGAGCUCUCAGUCCACAUAACCAGCCAAGGAAGAAGCAGGAAAUGCUUCCUCCUGACCUGAAUAUCGGUUUUCAGUCUCCCGGGUCCCCCGUAAAACAGUCCUCUAGUGUUCUGGUCGACUCCCAGCAGCCAGACCUGGCUUUGCAACUUUAAGUGAAGGCUAGUAAUGCGAAGAAGAUUCUGAUUAAGAACCUGCAACCUUUGGGGACAAAAUCUGAGACAACUUUCUUCUAUGCUGCACCAAAUAUGAGAACAAACCGUUUAUCGGUACGACACAGAUGAUCUGCAUUCUGAACGAACCUGUAAACCUAACCAGACUUCAAUCUUGUAUUCAUAGGUUGGAGAAUUCAUCCUAAUUUAUCCAUUGGGAAAGAAGAAUGUCCACAGCAAUCAAUAUCUAAUCUGCAGGAUAUGGGAUGCUCCUGUAAUCCGUAGCAGUUGAGGGAAGGAUUUUAGCAAACCAACAUUGUUUUUUCCAGUUUUCCUCCCACUAUAGAGAGGAUCACUUCACUGCCCUGCAGAGAGUCCAGACCGGCAUCAAAGAUCAGGUAGCCCCCACCAUUGAAAGUUGAAAAAAAAAAAAUUGAUUUGCUUGUGUCAUUGCUUUGAGCUGCUGAAGAAGUUUCUAUCUGACAAAAAAUUGAGGAUAUAAGUUUAGUUUUUGCCUUGUAGAAUAGUUACAGGUGGAUGAGUUAGAUCUCUGUAAUUACUUUGAUGAUAAAAUCCCACUUCAUGUAGUUCUGCUGUUUUAAUACAUGCAAGAUUUUACCCACCAAAUGCCAUAAUGUUGUAACUACUGUCCUCCA